GCGUACAAUUAUUUUCAAUCUUAAUAUUACCUGUGUAAACAAGCACAUUCAGCCGCUUCUGUGCCAUGAUUGGCGGUUUGUGCUCUGCACUGAUGUUGUGAGGUUGAGAAGGUUUCUGAGCGAGGUUGUCAGCGGCUUUGCCGCACUUGGCGGUUGGUUGAUUUCGCCCGCUGCAGCGCCAAACACUUCCCUUCAACCACCUACAGCCGCUUAUAGUCAUCACAACAAAGAGACAUAAUGGGGCUAUGGUCAAAGUCUACGACGAAAGCAGACGAGAAACCUCAAGAAACUGUUGAAAAAAGAAAUGAAGCAGUAGACGAUGACGAGCCUGAUGAGUGGGACAAGCGUAUUUUCAGCACAGGAUGCUCAGAUGAGAACGCCAAGAUGACGGACUGUUACUUUGAGAAGAAGGACUGGAGAGCUUGCACAAAGGAGAUGCAGGAUUUCAAAGAGUGUUGGAAGCGUCAGGGCAACGAAGAGCGAACCUCGUCCAAAGACGCGUAACUAACCUCUCCCAAAUUGUAUAUUAUUAUGUAUUAUAGACCCAUCUAUGACCAAUUUCCAAUCAUCAAAUUUCCUUUCAAUUUUUUUUU